UAUGAGAAGAUACUUUGUCGGUGGUAAUUGGAAAUGCAAUAACACCUUAGCUUAAACUUAAAGUUUAAUCAAUUCAGUUAUCAACAAACUUGUCUUUGAUACAAACAAAAUUGGUAAUUAACAAUUUAUAUUCUCCAGAGGUUGCUGUUGCUCCAAUCUUCUUACAUCUUCCAUGGGUUUAAGCCAAUAUUCAAAAGAAUGUUUAAUUGGCUAUCUAAAAUUCAUCCUUAACAAAAAUGGGUGCUUAUACAGGAGAAAUUAGUGUUGAAUAAGUCAAAGAUUUUGGUAUACCUUGGGUUAUUUUGGGACAUUCUGAAAGAAGAUAAUUCUAUGGUGAAACAAAUGAAAUUGUUGGAAAGAAGACUAGAUUAGCUUUAGAUUAAUAAUUAAGUGUAAUGGCAUGUGUUGGUGAAAAAUUAGCUGAUAGAGAAUCAGGUUAAACAACAAAUGUAAUCUAAGCAUAAUUAGCUGCAAUCAAAAGUAAUUCUUAUACAUUAUUAUAAUUUUCUUAGAGGAAUUAACAAUAGAAUAAUGGAGUAAAGUAGUUGUUGCUUAUGAACCAGUUUGGGCUAUUGGAACAGGUAAAACAGCAAGUCCUGAAUAAGCAUAAGAAGUUCAUGCUUUCAUUAGAGGAUGGCUUAAAUCUUAAAUUGGAACAUAAGUAAUUAUGACUUAUAUUAAUAUAGGCUGAAUAAGCAACAAGAAUUAUUUAUGGAGGAUCAGUCACAGAAAAGAAUGCAGCUGAUUUAAUUAAAUAACCAGAUCUUGAUGGAUUUUUAGUUGGAGGUGCUGCCUUAAAGCCAGCCUUUGCUGAUAUUGUGGCUGCUGCUAAUAAAGGUAGAUGAA